AUGAACUGUGCCCUGUCACUGCUCUUUCUGAUUGGCGUUGUAGUCGCUGGCCCAAAUCUGAUGUGUCCAAAUGACGCCUACUGCCGGGGCGGACCGUUUGCCGGGCAGCAUCUGCACUGUGUCCCGGUCCGGCUUGAGGAUAAUUCGUUCCGGAAGCUGUGCUAUGAGCUACCUUUUCUGAAAAUACGACAUUUUUGGGCUUGUACGAACGACACCUACUGCCGGAGCGGGUGGUACCAGGGCAAGCACUACUACUGUAAGGCGAAUGCCGUUGAUGUUAAGAAGAGCGUGUGUACGGCACUGCCCGAUAACCUCUGUGUUGACGAUAAGGACUGUCUGGACUGUCUGCACGAGACGGAAUGCCGCUCCGACGGAGAGGAUGUCUACCAUAUGCACUGUGGAUCGGAGCAGAAAUGUCGGCUGCUGUAUGAUGGCGAAUGCCUGGAUUCUUACGACUGCAAUUGGUACGAGGGCUGCUACGACUAUUCGGGACGCCAGCCCGGAAGCUGCGGGUAUAUGCAAUGGUCA